CAAUAUCGGUAACGUAUCAUGGAUUAUAGGACAGUUGUAUUUUACUUCGUGAAGUAUAAUUUGCGGUGUUCGCCGUGAUAUAUUGUCAGUUGGAACCGGCAGAAGAGCUCAGAAUGGAAUUUUCAUUAGCAUAUUGGCUGUUGUACUGUUGUUUUGUCUUGUUCAACCACAGUUUUGCUUACAAUAUUCACCUCAGAGACACGGUGCCAUCAGGAGCAGUACUUUUUAAUGCCAGUAUAGGUGAAGAUUGGAGCUAUGACUUGGAAAAAUCAUUGAGUACAAACCAGGGUAAACAUUUGCUAAAAAUCGACGAGCACGGGGUGGUCACUAUGCGCAAAGCAGUGAACUGUACUAGACUAGUAAAAAACCCUUUUAGCGUUUACAUUGAAGCUAGCAAAAGAACUCGUAGUAAUAGUACCUCGAGUAAUUACACCUUAACUCCUUUGACGGUGACUUUUCACGGUCCUAAAUGUUAUGUUAAAAGUUUAAAACACACUAGGCGAAAAUCGUUGGAAAUUCUUUCGCUGUCAAGCCUCCCUGUGAGGGGUAUGGACUUACAACUCGUUGUUGUGAAUGAUUUCAAACACAGUGCUUGUUUCACUCAAGGACAGAAAUUAUUUGCACUGCAUGAUUUCCUACCAAGGACACUAGUAAGUUGUGACUUAAUAUACAAUCUUAGAGAUUCUAGCGAAUCGUUUUAUUUGGAUCCCACAACAAGUAACAUCUACGCGCUGCAGUCUACUUGCUUACAAGACCAUGAAAUAGACCUGCAGAUCUCUGUUCGAAUCGAGGAAUUCUGUUUCAAAAACAAACUCGGAGUAAUAGAAUAUGCUCCCGAGAUUCCUAUAGAGUUGAUUUUACAGCGCACAACAGAUCACUCUGGGGCUAUUAUAAAUAAAUCAUCUUUACAAGAACCACAAUCAACAACACAUCGUAGAUUGCGCAGGGCCACUCGCACAAGCAAUCAUGCACCGAGCUUUGCAUUUCCAGAGUACAUCGUAACUGUUCCAGAAAACCAGGAUAGAGGUUAUGUGGUUACCACAUUGCAAGCUGUGGAUCAGGAUUCUGAAUCAGCUGGAACACUAACCUAUCAGAUGGUUGCUGACAGAGAUGGACGAAGUCAGAGUAUGUUUGAGAUGGAUUCUGCUACUGGUCUCGUAACAACAAAAUCUGUUCUUGAUAGAGAGAAUAUGGAUGUGCACUUCUUCCGAAUCACUGCCACUGAUGGAGGAAUUCCAGAACGCUCUGAUACAACAAUUUUACAAAUUAAUGUUGAAGAUUUGAAUGACCAUCCUCCAAUAUUUGAAAAUGCUGCGUACCAAUUACCAAUUAGAGAAAAUGUUGAUCCAGGAACAACUAUUAUUGAAAUACGUGCCACUGAUGAUGACAUAGGAAGCAAUUCUGAUAUUCGCUACAGUAUCAUAAAUCCAGAUGCUCCGAAUGAUGUGUUUCGUAUUGACCAAGGGACUGGUGUCAUCACCACAAGGAGUAGACUUGACCGUGAAACAGUUGUUCAGUACAUUAUAGAAGUUUUGGCAGUGGACUUGGGUAGUAACCCUGGUCCCCAGUCAGCAUCCACUGAAGUAACUGUUGAUAUUCUGGAUGAAAAUGACAACUAUCCGCAGUUUAGUCAGCGUACAUACGAAGUCAUCAUCCCAGAAAGUAUAAGUCCUAAUGUUGUCAUUGAAAGCAUCAUUGCAACUGACAGAGAUGAGGGCACAAAUGCUGAAAUAAGGUACAGCAUGGUUGGUGGUCAUUCACAGGGACAUUUUGCAAUUGACAGUUUCAGUGGACAGAUUACUGUCAUAUCCAGAAUAGACUACGAGAUUACCAGUAAUUAUCGUCUUGUUAUUCGUGCACAAGACAGUGGUAGGCCUCCAAAAUCGAACUCUACAAAUGUUGUAAUUAAUGUUGAAGAUGUCAAUGACAAUGAACCAAGAUUUCCAAGCACUUUGUACCAGACUUCUGUUCGCGAAGAUCUUCGCAUUGGUUCCUCAAUCAUAAAUUUACAAGCUUUUGAUGAGGAUUCAGGUCUGUUCUCACAGCUCACUUACAGUAUUUCAAAUGCUCCAACAGGUAACCCGUUCUCCAUUAAUGAAAAUAGUGGUAUGAUUGUGACAACACGUGAGCUUGAUCGUGAAACAACUUCGCGGUAUGAUUUUGUUGCAGUAGCGCAAGAUCAAGGGGAUCCUCCAAAAAGUGCAACUACGCAAAUCAGUAUAACGAUAUUGGAUGUUAAUGACAAUCCACCAACUUUCACCCAAAGUGAAUAUAAUGUUGUUGUUGAAGAAGAUGCUAGACCUGGCACAAGUGUUGCAACUGUCACAGCAACAGAUGCUGAUGAAGAAAGCAGUGUUUCAUACCAAAUAACUGCUGGUAACACGCGUAAUCGCUUCAGCAUAAUCAGUCAAAUGGGUUUAGGUGUAAUCUCUGUAGCCCUUCCUUUAGAUUAUAAGCAAGAACAGAGAUUUGUGUUGACGGUAACUGCGUCCGAUAAUGCACUGUCUGAUAACUGCCUUGUGUACAUCAAUAUAUCUGAUGCUAACACCUAUAGGCCAGUCUUUGAGCAGUCCCCAUACUCUGUUUCCGUUGAUGAAGAUGUACCUACUGGUAGCACAGUGGUGGUGGUUCAUGCUACUGAUGGUGAUGUUGGGGAAAAUGCCCGAAUCACUUAUUCAAUGGAUAAUAUUCCAGAGUUUGAAAUCGAUGAAGAUACUGGCGCCAUUUUGACAAAAAUGGAACUUGAUAGAGAGACUAAAUUGAGUUACACCUUACAUGUGACAGCACAGGAUAACGGUCUGAAACCACAGUUGGAUACAACAGAUGUAGAAAUUACUGUCAUUGAUGUCAAUGAUAAUUAUCCUGUGUUUAAAGAAUCCAGUUAUCGUGGCGAGAUACGAGAAGAUGUUAGUAAAGGAACCAGUGUCAUUAGGAUAUCAGCAGAAGAUGCAGAUGAAGGUCUGAAUAAGCGAAUAAGAUACACUUUCAGCGGUGGUGAUGAUGGAAAUGGUGCAUUUAUAAUAGAUUCAAAUUCAGGUCUCAUUCGUACUGACGCUCGACUUGAUCGUGAAGAAGUAGCAGUUUACAACCUGGAAGCUUAUGCAACUGAUCGCGGGACUCCACAGCGGCGUACAUCAGUUAAUAUUGAGAUCACAGUUAAGGAUGUCAAUGACAAUUCGCCAAAGUUUAGGUCGGCAGUUAUUAACGUGGAGAUUAAUGAAAAUAGUCCAAUCGGUUCUUUAGUGGAUACUAUUGUUGCCACUGAUCCAGAUGAAGGAAUGAAUGCAGUGGUAGCGUUCUCAAUAGUAGGUGGUGAUGAGCAAUUCUUUGCUCUUGAUUAUCAGUCUGGGCAACUUACAACAUCAGCCGAGAUGAACUAUGAGGAACGGAAUGAAUAUGAAGUAAUUGUUCGAGCAACCUCGACUCCGCUGUUUAAUGAUGCUGUUAUAAAAAUCCAUGUCAUAGACCAGAAUGACAAUAUACCGAUCAUCAAUGAUUUUGCCAUUGUUUUCAAUAAUUUUGAAGAUUACUUCCCUACUGGAGAAAUUGGUUCAGUUCCGGCGCAUGAUCCAGAUGUUAUGGAUCAGCUAAAGUAUAGUAUAAUCCGUGGGAAUGAUGCUAGUUUGAUUCACAUUAAUAGCUCCACUGGUGGAAUCAAACUAAGUCAACAGUUGGACACCAAUGUGAACACGAAUGGUGAUAUGGAAGUCAGUGUUACAGAUGGCGUCAAUGAAGUCUAUGCUGAGAUGAUUCUUAAUGUUACUAUGGUAACAGAGGACAUGUUGUACAACAGUGUGACGGUUCGUCUGGCUGAUAUCACCCAGGAAGAAUUUCUUUCACCAAUGUUCGGACGAUUUGUUGAAGCACUGGCGCAGAUUAUACCAUGUGAUAAGAAGCAUGUCUACCUCUUCAACGUACAAGAUGAUGAUGUUGAUCAUGGUCAUAUUCUCAACAUAUCUUUCUCAGCGUCUAGAUCUGACGGUACCUACUAUUCUUCAAAAUAUCUGCAACAACGGGUUUACUUGAACCGUGCCACACUCACUACUAUUUCCAUGUCAUCUGUACUUCCAUUUGACGACAACCUAUGUUUGGUGGAACCCUGUGCCAACUACGAAGAGUGCCUCUCUAUCUUGGCUUUUGGUGAAACCUCCGGAUUUGUUCGUUCCCAGACCAUUCUUUUCAGACCAGUUCACCCAGUCAACCAGUAUAGAUGCGUCUGCCCAUUGGGCUUCACUGGGAACUUCUGCAUCACUGAAAUCAAUGAAUGCUACUCCAAUCCUUGCCAAAAUAAUGGAAAGUGUGUCCGAGCUGAAGGUGGCUACUCAUGUUUAUGUCCAGAGGAUUAUGCAGGUGUUAACUGUGAAAUAAGUUUAACUGAAGGUCGUUGUUCAGAGGGUGGUAGUAUAUGUCGAAAUGGUGGAAGUUGUAUGAACUACAUGGUGGGAGGGUUCAACUGUUUCUGUCCACCUGGAGAAGAAUAUGAUGGGAAAUUCUGUGAAGUUACAACACGGCAUUUCCCAGCUGGAUCAUUUGUAACAUUUUCAGCAUUACUGAAUCGAAUUAGACUUACAAUUGCACUUAGCUUUGCAACGUUAAGCAAGAAUGCUUUACUAUUCUAUAAUGGACGGUAUAAUGAGAGACAUGAUUUCAUUGCAUUGGAGAUCAUCAAUGGUCAGCUGCAGUUCUCGUUUUCUACUGGUGGAACCACGGCCAGAGUUACUGCUUCCAUUGCUGGGGGUGUCAGUGAUGGCAUGUGGCAUGCAGUCACUGUUGAUUACCAUGCUAGGAGUGCUACACUGACUAUAGACGAUUGUGAUACCGCCAUGGCCGUGCAGUUUGGGAACGUAAUCGGUAACUAUACAUGCGCUAAUAAAGUCGUGUUACAAGGAACGGAUUUCAGAUUCCUUGAUCUAACUGGACCAUUCAUGUUGGGAGGGUUAGCAACCUUACCUGAAGAUUUCCCUGUUAAAAACCGUGACUACAUAGGUUGCAUCAAAGAUGUUUACAUUGACCAUAGGCUUCUAGACUUGGCUAGUUUUGUUGCUAAUAAUGGCACUGUAUCAGGAUGCGAUGCCAAACGAGACUUCUGUCAGAGUAAUCCUUGUGAAAAUGGAGGUACUUGUACAAGUGAAUGGAACAGAUACUCAUGCACAUGCAGAAAUAACUGGGGUGGAUCAAACUGUCAAGAAGCCAAACCUGGUGAUAUGCGUUUCUAUGGUGAUGGGUAUGUCAAGUUUCCUGGGAGUACGACAGCUAUACAAUUGCCUUGGAGAAACAGUUUGAUGUUCCGUACAAGACAGGAGAAUGGCUUCUUGAUGAUGGUAGCUCCAGGAAGUUUUGCUGCUGCUCACCUAGAGAUUGUGGAUGGAUACGUUAUGUAUUCUUUCUCAAAUAUUGUGGUGCAGAUUUCCUCGGUUCGAGUUGAUGACGGCGAAUGGCAUGACGUACAAGCGGAGUGGAAGAAUGACCAGAUAGUAUUGAGUCUAGAUAAUGAAAAAUAUGUGGAGUCUGCCAAUGAAGUUGGUAAUUUUAUUGCUGGUCUCAAAAUAAAUGAAGUGGUUGUAGGUGGUCUGCCUAUAGAGGGCGGUGUUGAGUCUGCAUUCAUUGGCUGUGUUCAGGGUGUUAAAGUUGGUGUUGAUGCCAUGAUAGGCGAUCGUAAUGAUGAAAUCAUCAGUGAUGUUUGGGUUGGUACAGCUCGUGAUAAAUGUAAUGUAGAAGAUUUAUGUGAAAAUAAUCCGUGUCCAGAGAAAAGUGAUUGUAUCAACGAUUGGGGACGAUAUCACUGUGAAUGUCACCCAGGUUACUAUGGUAACGAUUGUAAACAUGCUUGUGAUGAAGAAUUGGAUCCGUGUCAACACUUUUCGGAAUGUCAGCCUCUGAAAUCCUCUUCUCAUGGAUAUAGUUGUGAAUGUUCUGAGUUGUACUAUGGCCAGUACUGUGAGAACCGAGUAGAUGAUCAGCCAUGUACUAAUGGUUGGUGGGGCUAUCCCAUAUGUGGACCAUGCACUUGUGAUGUGGAUAAGGGCUAUGAUGAUACUUGUAAUAAAACUACUGGUGACUGUUAUUGUGAGGCACAUUCUUACAAACCAGCUGAUAGUGAUACUUGUUAUCCUUGUGAUUGCUACGAUAUCGGUUCAUAUAGUAGAGACUGUGAUCAAGAAUCGGGUCAGUGUCAGUGUAAACGUGGUGUUAUUGGUAAACGAUGUGAUUCAUGCAGAGAUCCAUUUGCUGAAGUCACUUUGAGAGGUUGUGAAGUGAUAUACAAAGCUUGUCCUAGGAACUAUGCUGGUGGGAAGUGGUGGCAACAAACUAUGUUUAGUAAAACUGCUAAAGAAUCCUGUCCAUAUGGAUCGUUUGGUAUGGCGACCAGACACUGUACCAAAGAGUCGGGAUGGUUAGAACCAGACAUGUUUAACUGUACAUCGGAUACUUUCAGUGCAUUGGCAACUAUGUUGCGUGAAUUGGAGUCGGGUGAAAAGAAACUUAACACUCGUUUUGCGAAAGAGAUCAGUGAAGAGUUACAGUUUGCCACUUCUGAGACUCCAGAAUUUUAUGGCAAUGACGUAAAUGUGGCUUACAAGAUAAUGUCUAUUGUAUUGGAUUAUGAAAGUCAGUUAGGUGGAUUUAAUCUAACUGCAACUCAAGACUUUAUGUUCACUAAGAAUAUGCUGGAAAGUGCAAGUUCUAUACUAGAUUUGGACAAUGCUGAUUAUUGGAUGGUAAUUCAACAGAGUUCUGGUGGUACUGCUGAACUGACAGGAAAACUUGAGGCUUAUGGACAUAAUUUAGCCAGGAAUUUGGAAUCUACGUUUACGGAACCUUUUGCACUGGUUACCCCUAAUAUAAUUUUCAAUUUGGAUCUUGUGAUAAGAGAGAACUUUAAGGGCGCUAACAUCCCCCAGUAUGAUAAUGGUUUAUUCCAUGAAGAAGUGCAGGACAGUACAACUGUUAAACUGCCGUCUGAUAUCCUGGCACCACGAACUAAUCAGUUGUUGGAUACUGUAGAUAUUGAAAAUAAUGUUGGUGUGACUUCCUGGUUUAUGUUUCCAACACUAGGACCAAUGUUGCCUAAAAGUUAUGAUACAGACACUGUGAAGAUUCAUGAUAAGUUAGCUUUGAAUACCCCUGUUGUUUCCUUAACAUUGUAUGAUGGCAAAGCAGAUGGGCAGUUACCUAAUCCAUUACCAUCACCGAUUAUAGUGGAUUUUGAAUUAAAAGAGUCAAUUAAUCGCAGUGACCCUCAGUGUGUCUAUUGGGAUUAUGGCAUGGAAAAUAAUGUCGGUGGCUGGUCUACCAAGGGAUGUACAUUACAGUUGCAUAACAAAAGCAGUAAUAGAGUAGAAUGUGCAUGUACGCAUAUGACUCAGUUUGCUGUACUCAUGGACGUCUCGCCAACACCAGUUGCAUUGACAGACAAGAUGGCCUUACAGUUGAUAACAUACAUUGGUAUUUCCAUAUCACUUCUGGCUUUGUUGCUGUCAUUUAUAACAUUUGUAUGUCUGCCUAAUUUGAGAUCCAACUCUAAUAGUAUUCAUAUCAACUUAGUCAUCUCGUUAUUUAUUGCUGAAUUGGUGUUCCUGCUGGGUAUUGAUGCUUCUCUUAAUUUUGUGUGCAAAGUCGUGGCCAUUGCUCUACAUUACUUCUUUAUGGCUACGUUUUCAUGGAUGUUCGUAGAAGGAUUACAUCUAUAUAGAAUGUUGACAGAAGUGAAGAACAUCAACCGUGGUCAGAUGAAGUUUUAUUACGUGGUUGGAUAUGGCUUACCAUUGGUUAUUGUCAGUUUAGCUGUCGGAUUGAGUCAGGAUAAAUAUGGAAAACAGAUAAAUCAGAACGGAGAACACUUUUGCUGGCUAUCAACUAAAGACAAUCUUAUUUGGAGCUUCGCUGGACCUGUACUUGCAGUUGUAGGGAUGAACCUGAUAGUAUUUAUAAUGGCAGUGAAAGCUACAGUGCAGUCCAAGUCCAAAGAUCCUGAAUUCAGUACGCUAAAAUCUGGUUUGAAAGCAUCAGCAGUGCUGCUUCCUCUUCUUGGCACUACCUGGGUAUUUGGAAUCUUGGCUGUCAAUCAAGAUGUCGGCAUGUUUCAUUAUCUAUUUGCCAUAUUCAACUGCCUUCAGGGUCUCUUCAUCUUUAUGUUCCACUGUGUCUUCAAUGAAAAGGUACGCCUUGGUUGGAGACAGAAGUGGGCACGUAUGCGAGGAAAGAAAGGACCAUUAGAUGCCACCUAUGCAACUGAAACCACAUUCAUGCGUUCAGCAUUGGCGUAUUCAUCCCGUGAUGGUACACCGGCCAGAUUCAACAUUGGCACAUCAACUGGAUCCACAGGUAGCAGUAGGACCACUAGCAAAACUAGUACUAGUAAUUUAUAUCGUCCUGAUGGCUAUCUGCGCAACACAAGCACAUCAACUACCUCACCUCCAUCUGUUGUACCUGAAUUUGCUACUGCACCUGCCUAUCGUGGGUACAACUUCAGUAAUAUCAAGCCUAACCCUGAUGAUCCAGAUACUGGUGAAGCCGAUCCUAAGAAUGUCCGUUUAUUAGCCUGGUAUUAUGCUAAUAAACUUGGCAGAGGUGAUGGUAGUAGAAGGGGUGCUCAUGAUUCUGAUUCUGAAAGCGACCUUUCAGUUGGUCGGGAACCAGACAACAUGUCAUUAGCCUCAUCUCAUUCAUCGGAUGAAGAUGACGAUGGAAGUAGAGUGAAAAAUACAACUGGACAAGACUGGCAGAAGAUGCCAAAUAAAGCAAAUGAACGUAUGAAUGCUGUCAAAAAUAUCUAUCCUUCCAUGCACAGUACACCCAAAGAUGAUGAUGAUGAUGAUUGGUGUUUUAGGCCUGUUGACUGGAAUUUCAAUCCUGGAGUUAGCACACCACCUACUGAAAAUGGAAUCAAGAAGAAUCCCUGGCCAGGAGAACCGUUUUCAACAACUGCCAGUGAGAGCGAGUCGCGGACAACACCACGUCCCGGUAUUUUAAAACAUAGAGAUGUGAGAAAAGAGAUCAACGGUGUCAAAGGAUCUAGAGAACUUAACGAUUUAAAUAGAACACGGAAUACUAAUAUUUCAGCCAGUAAUUUAUCAACUAGUAAUUUAUCAAAUUCUUCAAUACCAAUUCAUAAAGUUAAUGGAGGUAAUAGAAAUAUAAUUCCACUUCCAGUUCCAGAAAGAGUAGAUAGUUUACCGCCAGCGUAUAAUGACAUUCAUAAUUAUAAAUAUGGGGGAGGACAAAAUCAAAGCCAUUCUUCGUUAGCUUCAAGCAGUACUAGCAUCCCACAAUCAUCUAAUCUGUCCAAGUUACCAGUAUCAGGACUAGUGCCAAGUUCUGACAGGAUAGCAGUCCAAGUUUUAAGACCUAAUGGCAACCUUUCAGAUUCAGAAAACAGUAGUAAUGAGACAUCCGUGUGAUGGCUGGAAAGAAGGACAAGUCUACAUUAGAUACAGAAACAAGAUUGACAUUGCUGUAAAACUAAAUUGAAGCUCAAUUCUUUUGUAAAUACAGUAAUUCUGUUAUGUAAUUUUAUAGUAUACUAUGCCUGGUCAACAAAAAUCAACAUAACUAGGAUACAUUGUGUAUUCCUUAUGGGGGGGUCCCUAUGGCUUCAUCUUGUACACCUCUCCAGUCUUCCAUCCUUGUUGUAUAUUUUACCAAUUAUGUAAUUAAUUUUUGAAUUGGCAGGUCAGAGGUCACAUCCUGCCAGAUUAUGUUAAUAUGUUGGAUCUUGACAGUGUCUGUCUUGUUUCUUUUUUUUAUUUUAAGCCAUUGAUCACUUUUGUCAAGAGAUUUUUAAUAUAUUGUAGACAUUUUCUUUUUUAUAUUUUGUACCUUAUGUUUAAGACAUUACGAGGUUCAUUAAAAACUGGAGGAGUUUUAAUGAUUUGUUUUUGAAUGUUUUUUUAAUACAAUACAAACAAGAGGAGUUCCAGAAACAGAUUGAAGUUCACCUGUGUGGAUUUUCAUAUUUUUUUUUAUUACAAAACGCAGUUGAACUAUUAAGAUGGGAAGUUAUAAAUUUGUAGUUUGGCACUCCUCGAGAAAGGACCAUGACUUUUGUUCAAAAAAAACCUACAUGUAUUGCUGUUCAAAAUACAAACAUUAUGAAUUUUAUCUCUGACUAACAACUUUGAAUUUCUGAUAGUAGACUGUUCCCAGUCCAUGAAUUAUGAUAUAUAAAUUUAAUAAAAUAAAGUGUUUUGAGAGGGAGAUAUUUUUAUCUUAUGAAUAUUUGUAUAUGUAGUAUUAAAUUGAGCUCAGUUCUGCAUCAUCUAUAUACAUGUGAUGUACAAAGUACUGUUGGUAUGUCGAAAAUGAGUGUUUAAGUCUCACUGUUUUGAGUACAUUCACAGUAGUUUCAGAUUUGUCAUAGUUCGUUCCAGUUUUAGCUGCCAUGUGUAAAUUAUAUGAUCAUGUUUCUCUAUUUAUUUCUCUUUGGAUUUAGCUCAGGUAGUUAUCUUUCACAGAGGUGGGUGGACCUUGGAUUGUCGCUCUUUUUGUCUAAAUGCAUUGCUUAUUGAUUUACCAAAGACUGCAAAUUUCACUUGGCCUGGGCAUGGUUAGCAACUAGUUUCUCUACGGCUAUAGAAAAACUGAGCAUGCUCAGACUUCAUAGGAUGCCAAGAUGAGAAUAGAGCAUGCUCAGUUAUUCUAAAACUUUAUGUAUAAAUCCUCUGCUCAUACUUAAAAUGCUGCUAUGCAAAUGAAGCCGACUCGAACUAUGUUUUUGAACUCUGAAAGUUUUUCACUAUGUAUUUUCUGUGAGACUUUAACAAUGUUGUAAAGUACAGUCUGUUUGUUUGGACAGAAAAAAAGAGAUUGUAUUUCUAAUAUUUCUUCAUAUAGUGGAUAAUAAUUAUGAAAGUUAAAAACUUAUGAUUGUAGUGAUCAACUUGUAAAAAAAAUAUAUUGAUCUUAGAUGUUCAGUCAUUUCUCGUAUGUGUUGGUCAGUUUGUCAUUAGAAAAGUAGAUUAAUGCAGAGUGCAAAUAUUGUCUUAAACACCAUGGACUGUGAUAGUAUGAUACCAUAGUGAUGUAAUGAAAAAAAAACAAGAUCAGCUAAUGAGAGUGAUUCUUGAGUCUGGAGUUCAAUGCAGUCUGUCAGAGUAUGUCUGUCAGUUCUUAUUUUGUAUCAUAUUGUCCAAAAACUCUUUGCAUUGUGUAUUAAAAAGUCAUUCAAAUCUGCAGACUGUUUGAAUUGAUAGCGUUUUCGUAACAGGUUAAAUUGUUGGUCAUGUUUUUAUGUCAGUUCAAUAUCAUUCACAGUCUUGUAUUUUGU